AGCCCCGGAGCAGCAGCGUGAGCCAUGAAGACGAAGGUGUUCCUCGGCCUCAUCCUCAGCGCGGUGGUGACCGCCUGCCUGUGCCGGCCGGCAGCGAAGGUCCCGGGAGGCUCCCACCGCCCCCCCUCCAGCCCGGCCCGGCGGGAUUGGCCCGAGCCCCCCGCCCAGGAGCAGCAGCAGCGCUUCAUCUCCCGCUUCCUGCCCCACGUCUUCGCAGAGCUGAGCGACCGCAAAGGCUUCGUGCAGGGGAACGGGGCGGUAGAGGCCCUGCACGACCACUUCUACCCCGACUGGAUGGACUUCGGCCGCCGGAGCGCCGAGGAUGCGGCCGAUGCUGCGUAG